AUGAGCCUCCGCGAGGAGCAGGUGCGGCGGUACCUGGACCAGAACCCCGCUUCCCGGGCUCCCCAGGCCGGGGCAGGGCUGCUGGGCGUCAGCACUGACCUGGGUCCUCCACAGCCCACCCUGAGCCCAGGCCCACAGAGCAACAGCCUCUGUCUUUUCUCCGUCACCUCACAGAACCCCCACUUCAGCACCUUCGCCGACGAGCUGACGGGCUACGAGACGAGGAGCCUCCUGGCCACGCCCAUCAUGAACGGCAAGGACGUGGUGGCCGUGGUCAUGGCCGUGAACAAGCUGGACGGGCCGGGCUUCACCAGCGAGGACGAGGACGUUUUCCUGAAGUACCUGAACUUUGGGGCCUUGAACCUGAAGAUCUACCACUUGAGCUACCUGCACAACUGUGAGACGCGCCGUGGACAGGUGCUGCUGUGGUCGGCCAACAAGGUGUUUGAGGAGCUGACGGACAUCGAGCGGCAGUUCCACAAGGCCUUCUACACGGUGCGGGCCUACCUCAACUGCGACCGGUACUCCGUGGGCCUUCUUCCUCUUCUCCGCCAGGAAUUCUUCGACGUGUGGCCCAUCCUGAUGGGAGAAGCCCAGCCGUACUCGGGCCCGCGUACCCCCGACGGCCGUGAAAUCCUCUUCUACAAAGUCAUCGACUACCUCCUCCAUGGCAAGGAAGACAUCAAGGUCAUCCCCACACCCCCAGCUGACCACUGGGCUCUGGCCAGUGGCCUUCCAACCUACGUGGCAGAAAGUGGCUUUAUCUGUAACAUCAUGAACGCCCCUGCGGACGAGAUGUUCACCUUCCAGGAGGGCCCCCUGGACGACUCCGGCUGGGCCGUCAGGAACGUCCUGUCCAUGCCCAUCGUCAACAAGAAGGAGGAGAUCGUGGGGGUGGCCACCUUUUACAACAGGAAAGACGGGAAGCCUUUCGACGAGCAGGACGAAGUGCUCAUGGAGUCCCUCACACAGUUCCUGGGCUGGUCCGUGCUCAACACCGACACCCACGACAGGAUGAACAAGCUGGGGAACCGCAAGGACAUCGCCCAGGACAUGGUGCUGUACCACGUGCGCUGCGACCACCGCCCCGGCAGACCCCGUCUCCUGGCUCCACAGGUGCUGGUGCGGUUCCUGUUCUCGGUCAGCAAAGGCUACCGGAGGGUCACCUACCACAACUGGCGGCACGGCUUCAACGUAGCGCAGACCAUGUUCACGCUGCUCACGGUGCCCGGAGGGGGCAGGGCACCCAGAAGCCGGGGGUGCGGGUGGGAGGCGCCCACACAUACCUCCCCGACACCUGCCCAGGGUGGCGAAGACCUCCUUGGAGGACUCAGCAGGGGCCGCCCCUCGCUCGGCAGGGAGGGGAGGGGCGUCGGGUCAGACCCAGCCCCCAGGCCACCCCACAGCCCUCAGCCCCGGGAGGCCAUGAUGACGACGGCCUGCGACCUGUCUGCCAUCACCAAGCCCUGGGAGAUCCAGAGCAAGGUGAGCCAUCGCCUGGGGCGCCGCCUCCCUGGUGGGGUGAGCCUGGACCCGCCUCCAGCGCCCUCUGCUCACAGGGCCAUGAUGAUGACGGCCUGCGACCUGUCUGCCAUCACCAAGCCCUGGGAGAUCCAGAGCAAGGUGGCGCUGCUGGUGGCAGCGGAGUUCUGGGAACAAGGGGACUUGGAAAGGACGGUUCUGGAUCAGCAGCCCAUUCCGAUGAUGGACCGGAACAAGGCGGCUGAGCUCCCCAAACUGCAGGUUGGCUUCAUCGACUUCGUGUGCACCUUCGUGUACAAGGAGUUCUCCCGCUUCCACGAGGAGAUCCUGCCCAUGCUGGAGCGCCUGCAGAACAACAGGCAGGAGUGGAAGGCGCUGGCCGAUGAGCACGAGGCGAGAGUGCGGGCCCUGGAGGAGGAGAAGCAGCAGGAGGAGAGGACCACGGCCAGGAAAGGGGGCACAGAAAUUUGCAAUGGUGGCCCAGCACCCAAGUCCUCGACCUGCUGCCUCCUGUGAGCCACUCAGGGCCCCUGAGGACGCCCACGCCCCCCACGCCCACGCGGCGGACUCUGCCUCUAACCACUUGGUACAAGAGGUUAGGAAGCCUGAGACGAUUUUGGAUACUUUGAAUUUUUUUUAAGGUUUGUGUUUUUAUCAAGUGAAGUCAACUACAAAUAACAAACAGUGUAGCCCGCCCUACACUUAACUCAUCGCCUUGGACACAUAGUCACACCGGAGCCCCUGCGUCUACACCAGUGUCGGAAGCCUGGGGAGAAGUCUGCGCCUGUUUUUAUGGAUACAGAGGUGCUGUUUCCCAGCUGGUUUAGGAAACGAUAUCUGACCAGAAAUGUAGAAUAAAUGAAAACAAGUCGC